GCUGCUGCUUCACAACAACAACAAAGGACGCAGCAGUUCGAGGAUCGGAGCCGAGAAAAGUCUUCGAUCCAAACUGGGAAGUCUUCCUUCCAACUGUAUUUCUUCCGCGAAGAAGAUUAUCUCUUUCCUGUUGUCGGGAAACGGUUUUUCUACCUCAGAAUUUCAACACACUUCGGUCGCAGACGCAAGUCGAUGACCCAACUGCUGCUCGAUGACCAGUAGCACCUUCUUGGAGACGUCCACUUCAAGCCCGGAGCCUAGGCCCUUCGUCCACCCCCGGGAUGUUUCAACGGUUCACCAGCGCCCUCUUCGGGGAGGGCGUGGAGGAGAUGAAGCCCAACGAUUGUCAAGGAGACGGCGAAGCGGAAGUAGAUGAUGAAGACUGGAUUCUUGUUAACUACCUGGAUUCUGAUUCAGGUGAUGAAGUGCGCUCAGUGGGUCCAGAGGAUGAGGAACUGGUCCACAUCCCAUCCCCCAUGGCCACACCAGUUCUGCGGUACGCCUCCUGCACCUCCUUAAAUUCAACCACAGACACCGAUCCAGAUGGUGGGGGUGAAGGAACAGGCGAGGAGGGAGAGGCCGGGUUCCUCUGCCUGGACGUGGCUUCCAUGGAAGAGAGCUGGUUUGUCACACCGCCGCCGUGCUUCACGGGUUUCAGCGGUCAGCAGGUCAGACUAGAGUCCAGCCCCCUGGAGAACCUGUUGAUUGAACACCCUAGCAUGUCGGUGUACGUCCGCCAUCGGAGCUCCAGACACCACCUGCUGCCAGGCGUGGCCACCGACACACCCUCGGUGUCCUGCAGGAAGAAGAGCCGGCGGUUGCAGGAUGGGCCCAAACCACGGCCAGAUGUUGCAGCGGCGAAGCAAAGGACCAGCAGUCGUCACCUUGCUGCAGCUCUGUCUGUUCGGACUGAGCUCCUGCACCAGAGACAGGACCUUGUGUCUGUUGCUGCACAGCCAUCGACACGCAAAGCUCUGCGUCGCCUGAACCUGUUGCGACCCCAGAAGAACAACAAUGUCCUCCUUCACCAGCCAAAUCAGAGACACCUGAACUACUGAAGACCCGCCUUGCCCCAAUAUUCCCACACCAGCAGCCGAUCUAACGUUGACCAGGUGCUGGUGCAGGAAGCCUGCUUCCUGUUGCCUUUCAAAUGGGUCUCCAUGAUGACACCGGCUUCUAUAGAAUCAAUGAUGUGCAGAGUUUUACUGUGUGGCCUGACAUGCCCACCAGACCUCACUGCCAUGUUGUCACAAAUGGUGAGGACUUAUUGCUCACAGUUGUUAUUGAGCUCUGCCUCUGUGUAUUACAACACACGACUAGGUAACAAUCACUAAAUUCUAGCUGGUAAUACAAAUUGAAAACCUCUGUGACGACUUAAAGACAUAUCAGUGUGAGUGAGAACAUCUGCAGUUCUUCUUCUUCUCAGGGUUUUAAUUGGAGAGUCGCUGUAGAUCGUAUGUUUGCUAGCUGAGCGCAAAUCUUCUGAAACUCUAGCUGUUCAAAUGUUUAACCAGUUUUCUUCUUGUUUCCUUUUAGUUCCUCGAACAUUUGUUGCUCUUUUGACGUAGUUACACUUUGUUUAGUUGUUGAAAUAUUUAAACCAAAAAUGUAGCAAGAUCUUGAAUUUAUGAUCAUUUAUUUGUGAUGUCAAUGGUUUUGUUGUUGUUGUUGUGAGACCAGGUGUCAGCUGGACUUGAAUUUUCUGUCAGUGCUUGAAUGUGGAUCAGGUUUUCUGUCUCACUGCCUUGAACCUCAGUGAUCCGGUGCCUUCCAAUGUGACAGUUGGUCCAUGAAGAACGUGAUUUCAGAUGGGACUAGUGCCAAUGCUGCAUCUCCCAUGCAGCCACGCUUCAGCAAUGUAGUGAAGCCCAACUUUUUAAGCAUCAGUGUGAAGACCUGUGUGGAUGUUACGUGUGACGCGGUGGCCAGAUGCCCAGAGACAAAGGGAAUGAAGUUUUUUAUUCAAUGUUUAAACUGGUUCUUCAAACUCGUGUUGAUGGAUGUGUGAUCUCGUGUUCAUGAAAUAUACAUUUUGU